AUGCCGAAAUCUCGGGGAAAGGGCAAGAAUUGCACUCAAGGCGAGAGAGUCGAAGAAAAUAGUGACAAUCUCACUGAGUCUGAAACUACUCCAAUGCCCCAAGAUACCAUCGAUCUGCUGAGUAACUUUCUUGGUGUCGUCAAAGGGAGUGACUCCAGCGAUGAAGACAAGAAAUCUGCGCUAGAAGCACUUGUUCAGAGUGUCGAGGCUUAG